AUGGCAUCCCGCGGGCAUGGGUCAUGCCUGACCUACACCCCCCCCUGUGGUGCGGAGAGCUGCUCAGAUGUGCCCACCUAUGCUGAAAGCAUGUCAUUGAUGGCACUGAUGGCCACCACGGCGGCGGCUUUGGGAGGAUUGGCGCAAUGCCAGGAGGAGCACAAGGAUGAUGACGAUGACGACGUGGAAAUCGAGAACUGGUCGUCGACUCACUCCGUCAAGACGAAGGCUUACCUGCAGCCAGAAUCCGCCCAUGAGGUUGAACGCAUCAUCAGCGAGGCUCACAACUCGGGAAAGCGCAUACGUGUUGUCGGUAACGCUCUCUCCCCGAACGGCCUCGGCCUCAGUGAAGAUGCGAUGCUCUCUCUCGGCCAGUGCGAUCGCGUGCUGCACGUGGACAAGAAGAAAGGAACUGUGACCGUAGAAGCCGGAGCGCGAGUGCAGCAAGUGGUGGACGCGCUAGCGCCUCAUGGAUUGACGCUCCAGAAUUACGCCUCAAUCAGCGAGCAGCAACUCGGCGGUUUUCUGCAGGUCGGAGCACAUGGAACCGGUGCUACCAUACCUCCCGUGGAUGAGCAGGUGGUAGGGAUGAAGCUGGUCACGCCAAAACUUGGUACCUUGGAACUGAGUAAUGAGAAAAACCCUUCUCUUUUUCGCAUGGCCAAGGUUGGACUCGGUGCAUUCGGUGUUGUGACGGAGGUAACGAUCAAGUGCGUGGAGCGCCAUCAGCUGGUGGAAAGCACUGCUGUUAUGACUCGCGCAGAGGUGAAGGCGAAUCACGACGCCUUGCUCCGAAGCAACAAGCACAUCAGGUACAUGUGGAUCCCAUACACUGAUGCCGUUGUCGUGGUGCGCUGCAACCCCGUCGACCUACACGGCAAGUCAACGACAAGGCCAGUGCAGAUGGACAAAGCCCUCCAACGGGGAGCCCGGGAUGACAAUACUGUCGAUAUGACACCAGCCAACAACGAAAGGGACAAAAGGGACUGUCUUCAGCCACUGGAGAACCUCCUCUUGGAGAAGGUCGGCUCUACGUUGUCCCCUGCCGCCCUCAAGGACAUUUCUUCCCUCGACUUUGCGGGGCUGAGAGACCACCUUCUUGCGGUGGCGCCGUUGGACGUCUCCUGGAUCAAACAGGUCAACAAUGCCGAGGCGGAAUUCUGGCGCCGGAGCCAAGGGACCCGCGUAGACUACAGUGACAAAAUCCUUGGUUUUGAGUGCGGUGGGCAGCAAUGGGUUAACGAGGUCUCCUUCCCGGUGGGCACGCUCGAGGAGCCAAACGGCAAAGACCUUGACUACAUGGACGAACUAAUGCGCCUCAUCGAGAGGGAAGGAAUACCGGCACCAGCGCCUAUCGAACAGCGAUGGACGUCCUCAAGCAACGCCACCUUGAGCCCCGCGCACGAUGGAGCUUCGCCUGAAACGGUUUUCUCGUGGGUGGGUGUGAUAAUGUACCUCCCCGCGGACGAUGUGGAUGCUCGAAAGCGGGUGACGGAGGCGUUCUUCGCAUACCGCGACCUGUGCAAGGUUCGACUGUGGGACAGGUACGACUGUGCAGUGCACUGGGCGAAGAUCGAGAAGCCACGUACAGCGAGGGAGGCUGAGGAUACAAGGGCAAGACUUGGGCGAAGAUUUCCCGUCGGCGCGUUCAACUCUGUGCGGGCGCUGCUUGACCCAAAAAACAUCAUGGCCAACGACCACAUCAACUCGUGCCUUGGACAAGCGAAAUAA